AUGGCUGUUUACACUUGGGGUCUUGGGAAAACUGGCCAGCUGGGCACAGGAAGGUUAGAUACUGAGUACACACCGCACCUUGCAAAUAAAACAGCAGAUGGUCUGGAACUGGAGACAGCUAAGGAUAUCAGCUGUGGAGCUUUGUUUACAGCUGUGGUUACUGUAGAUGGCAGUGUCUUCACUACUGGGUAUGGAAAAUAUGGACGUCUUGGUUUGGGAGACACUGAAAAUGAUGCCUGCUUUUUCACUGAAGUGAGCAGUUUUGGUCAAGUUAGCCAGGUAUCUUGUGGUUCCUGGCAUGCAGCAGCGGUCACUGACAGUGGACAGGUUUAUAUAUGGGGCUAUAAGAAAGCCUGUGGGGACUGCUUAUUGCUUGACUCAACAACAGUUAGUCAGACUGUUGGCUCUAUGCUGGGAAAUCCAACUCUUGUCCCAUUUGAUGUGGGUGUCAAAAUUGCAGGUGUAUCGUGUGGACAUAACUAUACAUUUUUGUGGGCCACUAAUGGAAAUGUGUACUCAUGGGGAAGUGGACACUAUGGUGUGCUUGGUCAUGGUUCAGAGGAUGAUCUGUUAAUGCCCACAAAAGUGGAACAUCUUUUGGCCAGAGCUGUAGUCUCUGUUGGAGCAGGACAUGACCAUUGUGGUAUCGUGACCCAUGAUGGCCUGUUAUUUAUGACUGGAAAAGGUUCUGAUGGUGCUCUUGGACUGGGUUCGUCUAAACUGGCAAAUGCAUUACUUCCUAUUCUUUGUAGAUGUCAGUGGAAGAUAACUGCUGUCAGUUGCAGCAAGGGAGAGCAGCAUGCCCACACUCUUGCUCUAACAGAGGAAGGACAGGUCUUGUCAUGGGGUGAUGGCUGUAAAGGAAAAUUAGGACUUGGAGAUGAGGAAAAACGGUUGGUCCCAACAUUGAUCUCCCCAGAGCACUUUCACAAUGAGACUGUGAAAACAGUGUCGGCAGGUGGUAUUCACAGUGCAGCUGCAACCACAGAAGGCAGUGUGUACACUUGGGGCUGUGGUAGUGAUGGAAGGCUGGGUCACCCUGAAGGUCACAGGUACCUCUUCAGGUCCAAAGUCCCAAAGAAAGUGGAACAGCUGCCAAAAACCUCUGCUGGACCAGUGUUAGUUAGCUCAGGAUACUAUCACACAGCAGCUAUAGUGCCCUAA